UCUUCUAUGCCCUGCUCAUCAAUAAACAUUGUUUAUUGUGUGUAUUUAAUAUGAGAAAAUUAGUAUAUCUUGAUCUUAAAACCCAAACCACAUAUUCAUUUGUAUGAUUAGUUUUAAAGAGAAAAUAUGCCUGAUAACACUCCUCCAUGUAUGCAAGCAAAAUAUGCAGACUUUCAAAUAUAAAAUUAAGAUUUAUGGUCAUAAACAAAAUAAAUUACGAAACAUGAGAUUAUAUGAAAUGAUCUCAGGACAUGACAUUAAACCACGUACAGAAUGUUUUUCAUUCACUAUUGAAAACAGUGUUGAGUGAUGAAACUCCUCCUCCUCCACUUCUCCUCUCCUCAGCGUCUUUAUAAGCUUCAGUCUCUCUUCUCCUCACACUCCAACCCUGCUCACCUCUCAGCUGGACAGUAAGGGACGUUUACACCACACACUGACAUCAUGCUGGGGACCCUCUGCACUCUCAUCACUGCUCUAACAUGUGUGAGUGGUGUGACUGUGCUGACACAGAAGCCUCCUGUUGUGACGGUGAGGAAAGGAGAGACAGCCACCAUGGACUGUAACCUGGGGACUGUUACUAAUGAUGCUGCUCGCUGGUAUAAACAGAUUCCAGGAGGAGUUCCUCAGUUUGUAUUAAGUUUUUAUCACAGCUGGAGCUCUCCAACCUAUGGCUCUGGUUUCUCCUCUCCCAAGUUCACAUCUACUCAUCAGUCAACAUCAGAUUACCGUUUGAUCAUCAACAAUGUGGAGGAGGGAGACUCAGCAGUCUAUUACUGUAAAACAUGGGACCACUCUGCUAAGCAGUACGCAUUCGGACAAGGCACCAAGCUGAUUGUGACAAGCUGCAGCCUCCCUCCUCCUGUCCUGACUGUCUUCCCUCCGUCCAGUGCUGAGCUCCAGUCCAACAAAGCCUCUCUGGUCUGUCUGUCCAUUUUGCCCAGUGAGUCAAAGGGUUUUGCUGAUGUGAGCUGGUUGGCUGGUAGGAGUCCAGUGAGCAGUGGGAUCUCUACCAGCACCGCUGUUCAGCAACCAGACCAGACUUUCCAAAUCAGCAGCUAUCUGGCCAUCCAGACGUCAGACUGGAACAGGGAUAAGGUCUACACAUGUAAAGUGUCUAUGGGCUCCCAGACUUCAGAGAAAAACAUCAACAAGUCAGACUGUCCCACUGAAGAAUAGUAGAGGAGCAGAAUGACCAUUUCAAAUCUGCUUCCUUACUGUUUGUUGUUUGCUCAUUACGAGGUUUACGUGUUAGAAAAGAUGUGUCUGCAUGCUUGUAAUAAAUGUUGUGACAGUUAGGUGGAGGUGUUGUAUCAGCUUUGCAAUUGCUGCAUUUUUCAAGAAUCAUUCAAUAAAAAAUUAAAAACUGUGAA